UACAGACAUGCUGAGAUUCCUUUUGCUGACCAGCCUCGCCGCCCUGGUGCUGGCCGAGGAUGCUGAGCCCAUAUACCUGGAGCACCAGACCAUGGUGGAGAGAGUUGUUGGUGGUGAGAUCGCAAGUGCUAAUUCCUGGCCCUGGCAGAUCUCUCUCCAGUAUCUCUCUGGUGGCAGCUACUACCACACCUGUGGAGGCAGUCUGAUCAGAACAGGAUGGGUGAUGACUGCAGCUCACUGUGUCGACACUUCAAGGACUUGGCGUGUUGUGGUUGGAGAUCAUGACAUCUACACCCAUGAGGGUACAGAGCAGUACCUUAGUGUUAGCGCAGUCUACGUUCACCCCAACUGGAACCGCAACAACGUGGCUGGAGGAUAUGACAUUGCCCUGCUCCGUCUGUCCACUGCGGCUGUUCUUAACUCCAAAGUACAGCUGGCUACUCUGCCUCCAUCUGGUCAGGUCCUGCCCAACAAUAACGCCUGCUACAUCACCGGCUGGGGCCGUACCUCUACUGGAGGUCCCCUGUCUGCCAAGCUGAAGCAGGCUUACCUGCCUGUGGUGGACCACCAGACCUGCUCCAGCAGCAGCUGGUGGGGCAGCACCGUUAAGACCACCAUGGUCUGCGCUGGUGGCGGCAGCGAUUCUGGUUGCAAUGGUGACUCCGGUGGCCCCUUGAACUGUUUGGUGAGCGGCCGUUACGUUGUCCAUGGAGUGACCAGCUUUGUGUCCUCUCUUGGCUGUAACACCUUGAGGAAGCCCACUGUCUUCACCCGUGUGUCUGCCUACAUCAGCUGGUUGCAGGGAAUCAUGGGAUAAACUGAAUGGAACACAAAAUGGGAUCCAGACCAUCCACUCUAGUUCCACAUCCAUACUAACUGAAUAAAGAGAACCCAUUCAGCAAACACA